AUGGCAUCGGGGGUUUACUCCCAGUCGCAAUACACUUCUACUGCCACGGCUGCCGUGGCUAAGGCAGCUGCCACUGCGUUGACUCUGUCCCCUACAUCGAGUGUCGCCGGUUUGACUUUUGAUCGCUUUGUUCAGAUUUUUCUGGAGAACGAAGAUUACAGUGCGGCUAUCAAGGACACCAACCUCGCCUAUCUUGCGUCUCUUGGAAUCACGCUAACAAAUUAUUUUGCUAUUACCCAUCCCUCUCAGCCCAAUUAUGUCGCUGCUGUUGGUGGUAACACCUUUAGCAUAGCUGACGACGAUACCCAUUAUAUCUCUUCGAGUACCAAGACGAUUGUUGAUCUCCUGGAAGAUGCUGGUGUCAGCUGGAGUUUGUAUCAGGAAGAUAUGCCUUAUUCUGGGUUUGAGGCAAAUUACGCCAACCAAAAGACUGGUGCGAAUGAUUACAUGCGCAAGCACAAUCCCUUGAUGAGCUACAACUCUGUUACCUCAAAUACCGAUCGUCUUGCCAAAUCGAAGAACUUCACCAUGUUCUACGAAGACCUGGAUAACAACGAGCUACCUCAGUGGAUGUUCAUCACCCCAAACAUGACCAAUGAUGGUCACGAUAGCUCCCUCGCCACAGCUGGAACUUGGUCUCGUAACUUUUUGACUCCUCUGCUAUCCAACGAGAACUUCAAUACCGACAGCACACUGAUAAUCCUUACCUUUGAUGAGGGCUUAACUACCGGUACGAAUCAGAUCUAUGCUGUCAUUUUGGGCGGCGCGAUCUCAAGCGCAAAAGUUGGUACCACGGAUGACACCGCAUAUAAUCACUAUAGUCUGUUGAAGACUGUGGAGACCAAUUGGGACCUAGGAAAUCUUGGAGAAAACGAUGUAGAUGCCACUGCAUUCUUCUAA